AUGCGACGGGAAGUAAAUUACCUAGGUCACAUUAUAUCUGAAGAGGGCAUAAAACCAGACCCCGACAAAACAUCGUGUUUGACUAACUUUCCAGUUCCAGGCAACCCGAGGGAGGUUAAAUUCUUCCUCAGAUUAGCAGGUUACUAUCGAAAGUUUGUCAAAGAUUUCAGCCAAAUAUCCAAACCAUUCACCAUGCUUCUCAAGAAAGAAGCUAGAUUCGAGUGGACGGACAUGUGCCAACACUCCUUCGAGACGCUUAAGUGGGUCCUUACCACCGAACCACUACUACAACACCCGGAUUUCUCUUAA